ACGCGCUGUGACUACCAAGCACAAACUGCAGUCUCACUCUCCUCCCCCUUCUGUCUCUCUUCGUACUCUCUUUCCCACCUCUUGUGUCUGUCCUUCUUUCUGUCGUUCUUUCCGUCAUUUCUGUGUCUUACUCAUUCCUUUUCCUUCACUCAGCUCAUUCACCCAUCUCCUCCUGGGUCCCUGUGCUGUGGCCUUUCUCCUCCCUCUCCUCCUCCUGUCAGUGCUGCUCUUGCCUCCCCAUCACAGACAUAUUCAACCUCUCUUCUCCUUCCUACUCCGUUUGGAGAUUUGAACCAGAACACACUUGCACAUAGCAUAACACACGCCUUGUCCUGCGUGGGAAAAACAUGUCUGCUAUUCUGGACCUGGACCAGAUUGCAUGCUGUGGGAAUGAAGUGGAGCAUGACAUCGAGACUCCUCAUGGUGUCCUUCAUGUGACGAUGAGAGGCGUUCCCAAGGGCAACAGGCCCGUCAUCCUCACCUAUCACGACAUAGGGUUGAACCACAAGUCGUGCUUCAACACCCUGUUCAACUAUGAGGACAUGCAGGAGAUCACGCAGCACUUUGCAGUGAUCCACGUGGACGCUCCGGGGCAGCAGGAAGGAGCCCCUCCCUUCCCCAGGGGGUACUGCUACCCCACCAUGGAUGAGCUGGCUGAAAUGCUGCCCUCUGUGAUGACUCAGCUCAGCAUCAACAGUGUGAUUGGCAUCGGCGUGGGAGCAGGAGCGUACGUCCUAACCCGCUUUGCUCUGAACAAUCCCACUCUGGUUGAAGGUCUGGUGUUGAUUAAUGUCGACUCCUGUGCUGAGGGAUGGAUCGACUGGGCAGCGUCAAAGCUGUCUGGGUGGACCAGUAAUUUGGUCGACAUCGUCAUGGCCCAUCACUUCAGCACAGAUGAACUGACUGAUAACCAGGAGCUGAUUCAGACCUACCGUCUCCAUAUCGCCCAUGACAUCAACCAGGACAACCUGGCUCUCUUCUGUGGCUCCUAUCAAUAUCGCCGUGACUUGGAGAUCGAGAGGCCAGUUGUGGGGCUGAACGAGGACACUGUCAACACACUAACAUGUCCUGCUUUGUUGGUGGUCGGUGACACAUCACCUGCUGUGGAUCCUGUGGUGGAGUGCAAUUCAAGGUUAAACCCAACCAAGACCACCCUGCUGAAGAUGGCUGACUGUGGAGGUUUACCACAGGUGGUUCAGCCGGGGAAACUGGCCGAAGCCUUCAAGUAUUUUGUUCAAGGCAUGGGCUACAUUCCCUAUGUUCUUCUCAGUCACCUGAGCAACGAGUCAGUGCCCUCUGCAGGAAUGAGCCGUCUCGCUCGCUCCCGCACCACCUCCUCCUCCAGCAUCACCUCCAUGGAGAGCAGUCGCAGUCGCAACAAUCUCAACAGCCUGCUGGACAGCAGCGGCACUGCGGGUCUGGACAACCAGUGUAGACCUCAGACCAUGGAGGUGUCCUGCUAAA